AUUGAACUGCUGAGUGGGGCCUUUCGUCCUAUCGUUUCUUAUAACAGGAAGAUUGAAGCUGAAGGCGGUUGAUCAAAAUGCCAGAGGAGAUGGCGGACGGCGGGGGAAAGUGCGUGACACUCGACGAGCUUAUCGAUGCCUUGGAUAAGCGCGAGAGAGCGCCGAGCAAUGUCCCGAAGGUUGAUACGUUUCAUUUCAAGGGAGAUUGGGUGUCUGAUUGGCUAGACCUGAUUGAGCAGGCACUGGUGGCGUUGGCAGAUGAAGUAAGAUUCCAACGUAUCAUGAGAUACGUCCUUCAUAGCCACCAUCAGGAGGUGGGUAGGGUGGUGGAUGCAGCAAAUGGUAGUUGGGCAAGGUUCAGGGACAUGAUGCUAAGGAAGUACAGAUUGGGGGAUGGGUUGUUGACCAUGGCGGACUUGGAAGCCAUGAACAAAGACGACUUUUCCACGAUCGGGGCGUUCGUGCACGAAUUCAAGAAAAAGGCGAGGAAAGUGCACGGGAUUUCGGAGGAGGCGCAAUGCGCCACAUUUCUGGGGUUGCUUACGGGCUCGGAGGCCGCAGAGUUGACAAAGCAUGGGGAAGGGAGUGAGAAGCUCACCUGGACAACUAUAGACAAAGGAGUGGAAGAGGGGAGUUCGGACCAGGUAGAACAGCACCAGAUGCGGCUGCAGAGGCGUAAGAGGAAGGAAAGGGAUGCUACCGCAUCCGGGACCCCAGGGGUGAAGAGGAUCGUCACGGACGUGUUGGCGGCGCUGGGGUAUGACAAUGAGGCAGAAAUACAGAAAAGAGGGGUGACUGUGGCGCAAGGCCGGGCCUCAGGGGCAGUAGAUGAGGAGGCUGGGCGCGAAGACUACGGCGGAGGGGAGACGGGUUUCCAAGCCCUGACUAAGGCCCAGAAGAAGCAACGCAACCUGCUGCUGGGAGGGCAGGGAUCAGGGAAGGGGCAGGCUCCCCAAGCCAUUGCCGCACAGCCGCCUGUCGCCGCGGCCACGCCAGCGCCAGCGGGACCAAAGGAAGUGGUGGAGGUCCAGGAGGAGGAAGAGGAAGUUGAUGACAAAGAGGAUGAGAGGCUCCGGCAGGAGGAGGACCGGCGAGCCGAGCAGAGGGCCAAGAAGAGAGGAAUUCAGGGAGAGGCGGAGACGGGCCUGCACGACGGCGUGCCAAAAAGGAAGAAGUACGCAGUCCGGCUGGAGGGGGGCUUUGACGUGGAGCGAAUGGUGGACAAGCUCCUGGAGGGUCACAAUGAUCUGAUGAAUAUGAAAGACAUCUUGGCGUCGGCACCAAGGCUCCGUGGUGAGCUGAAAGGGAGGCUCUCACGAAGCACCGCGUCUAACGUGAUGGUGGGAAUUGGGAGGGUAAGGGCACGAACGUGCUUCUUCGUCAUGCCCGAUGUCGAUCACCCUAUCCUUCUGGGGAGGUCGUUCCUCCGCCGAACGGAGACUUUGGUCUUCAACAGGCAUGAGGGGACGAUGAUCCUGACCCUAUCCGAUCCAGCCUGUGGGAACUACGAGAUCAUCAAGUGCCGGAACACAGGACCCGAAAGUGGGAGGAACAGGCUCAACCUCACCUCCUUUACCUUCGAGGAGUCUGAGUACGCGCGACGAAGGCUCCGGGAGGAACAAGAGGAGGAAGGGGCGGCCGGGGUAUUGUCUUUGAGCCUUAACGAUGUAAAUAAGGCGAUGGACGUAGUGGCGACACAUGAUAUGGCGGACCCCGAGGCCACAAAGGCGUUGACAGAGCAGGGUCCAAAGGAGAAGGAGGAAGAUGAAGCGAUGCCUGGGUUGAGGCGAUUCGUUUGGAAGCAUGUCCAAGACAUUGACCAGAUUCUGAGUCUGCUAGAAGAGCACAACCUGACGGCAAGUGGUCCCAAGUCGAAGAACUGCAUGAGGGAGGCCACAAUUCUGGGUUUUGUCUGUAAUGAGAAGGGGCAAAGGCCAAACGUAAAGAAGACGGACAAAAUUCUUGAGUGGCCAGCGCCAUUCCACUCAAUAACAGACGUAAGGAGUUUCCUUGGGACCGGUGGCUUUUGGAGGAGCUUCGUGAAGGACUUUGCCGCCAAGAUGGAGCAUUUGAGAAAGUUGGUGCGCCAGGACCAGGAGUGGGUUUGGGAUGAAGACCAGGAGUGGGUUUGGGAUGAAGACCAGGAGAAGGCCAUGGACAGGAUGAAGGCAGAGUUUAAGGAAGGAGGUUUGGUGUUGGGAGCGCCAAACUAUGAGGCCACGGAGGAAAAACCAUUCAUUGUCGAGACGGACGCUGGGCCAACUGCCUUGGGAGGGGUCCUGAUUCAGGCAGAUGUUGAGGGGAAGGAGAGGCCGUUAAAGUUUGAAAGUCGUACCCUCAAUACAACUGAGAGGAAUUACUCUCAGUUUAAGAAGGAGACGUUGGCAGUACUCCAUUGCCUAAGGACCUUCCGGAACUAUAUUUUUGGCAGGAGGCUUAUUUUGAGGGUGGACCCUACUGCGCUUGUUUGUUCUCUGAAGAGUUAUACUUCAUCUGACCCAACCAUCGCGAGAUGGCUACCCUACAUUUGGAUGUUUAACUUUGAGCUGGGGAGAAUUCCAGAGGACAAGAACAAGGCAGAUGGGCUGAGCCGUAUCAACUGGGAAGGGGUGGAUCAGGAGUCAGUUGAGGACACCCCACCAGUCGACGGGUUCUUGGAUCAAGAGGAGGACGUUCGCCUCCACAUAAACGAAUGGUCGUUGAGGGUGCCUAGCUGCGUCACACACCCCAUAUGGCUAGCGCUAAGGGGAUACGAACGAAAGGAGGAAUUGGUCCUCAAGCCCUUCCAGGAGGAAGAUCCGUGGGGGAGUAAGGAUGUUGGCUGGAUGAUGAAGUUGGCAUUGGCGGGUACACAUAGUCUGGCGGAAGAAGACGAUGAGUUCGAGGAGGGAGAGAUCAGGGAGGCCUUUCGCACAGAAGAGUAUGACGGGAUCUAUCGAGAGUUGGGAUUAUUCCUGUCAUGCGAGAUAAGGGAUAGGGACGCGAGUGCUAAAGCCCACAAGAUGAGUCAUCUCUACGUAGUAAGAGACGACCAUCUGUUUAUAAAGCGGCAGGUCGGAAACCCCAAGAGGAUUGUAUGUGGGAGGAACCGGCAGAUCGAUGUCAUAGCAGCCCUACAUGACGGUAUAGCAGGGGGGCAAAGAGGGAUUAGUGCCAUGUGCGCAAAGAUAAGCGAAUUGUACCAUUGGGACGGGAUGUUGACUAUGGUCAUCAAAUACUGUCAGUCCUGUGUACCUUGCCAAGAGGGGUCAGCGCAAAGGUCAGGGGAACCCCUGCACCCAAGGUUGGAGAGGGAAGUGGGUGCGGUCGUGCACCUGAACCUGUUGUUCAUGCCAGCUGGCGAGAAUGGGUGUAAUUACAUCUUCGAUGCACGAGAUAACCUUACUGGGUUUGUGGACGGUCGGGCUAUUCGGAUGAAGACCGUCCCGGUUUUGGCAAAUUGCAUCGAGGAGUACUACCUGCGUUAUCCCUUUGUCAAAGAGUUCGUGAUGGACCGAGGUUCGGAAUUCACCUGCAAUGAGGUGCGAACCUUGCUUGCUGGGUAUGGCGUAAUGGCUAACUACACUACGGCCACGCACCCGCAAGGGAAUGCACAUGUGGAGAGGAGGCACAGUACCAUCACAAACCUCUUGGCUAAGUGGACGGAGGGUAGGCCGGCUCAGUGGCCGAAGUUCUUGCGAGCGGCUUUCUUCGUGGAGAACGUUACAAUAAAAAUGACUACCAAGUCUGACUUUUCGAAGGCAGCCAUGCAGAGGGGCGGGAGGGACGCGCGGUCGCGGCAGGGGUCACAGAGGGCAUCUGGGAAAGGCGAGCAGCACGGGCCGCCUAGGAGAGAGCCUAUGCCAGAGUUCGAUGACGACAACAUUGAGCUUUUCCUGGAUGUGUGUCGGGAUCAUGCGGCCCAGAGAGGAUGGUCAGUGGUAGAGCGGAUCCACCAUUUGAGGGGGAUAGGGCGGUUCGAGGAGCCUGUCGCUCAGAUAUGUGAGGAGGCCCUGACUUGGCCAGAUGUGGAGGCCGGGAUGCAGAGGUUGAGAGUUUCCCCUAGAGGACGUGAUGGCAUGCCCAUUCGAUUGGAGGAGGGGAACGCGAAGGAGUUUAUUCCCGCAUACGAGCAUUAUAUGCUGAUUGAGUUUCGGCGGAUUACGAGUGAGGAGCUGAGGCCGCCUUCACUGUCGCCAUCAGGGCAUGAGCCGGACAUACCAUGGGAGACGCCAUUCCGGAGCUUAGCGACUCACCUUGACGUAUCUCGAUGGGAGGCCUCACGGUUGGGGGAGGGCUCAACUGAGCCGGCGCGCUAUGUACCAUUAGAGGAGCCUCUGGACCUCGGGACGGAGACGGACAUGCGAGACCGAGGGGGGCCGCAUGAUCCUGAGAUGGAAGCCGAGCGGCCGGACCCGGAGGCGGAGAUGGAGGAUCAGGGAGCGUGUGAGGGAGCAAGGGUGGAAGUACUCCCUGACUUGCCAUCGGCCACGCAUGCGAUCGAGAGCUCAGUUACCAGAGGACCUGCACCAGGGGGACUACCGCCGGCAUUGCCGCGUACUGGCGAGGGGAUAGGUACCAUGGCAUCAACUCCAGAAGGUCGUGAGCCGCGAGUGGAAAGGGCCUCAAAGGAAACUCGCGAAGAGAAGACCGCCAGGGUACGAGUCCGCUUGGCCGAGAUACACGCGAGGCAGGCUGAGAUGGAGGCGGCAGGGAUAGAGCCGAUGCCGCCGGUCGAGCCCAAGACGAGCGAGCAGAGGAUCGACGACGAUGAGCUCGCGGCCGGAAAGUGGGGGGUGGAGCACCUGACUACUCAGCUUGCCGAGGAAAGGGCGAGGAGCCAGGCCAGAGAAGUUGAGUGGGAGAGGAGAUUUGGGGAGAUGGCAGCCAUCGUGGACAGGCUUUCGGCAGCCUGGGAGGCUAGCCAGACGGGACGAGCCGGUGCCGAUGGCCAGGGCCGAGGGAUACAGGCUUCGCCGAGUCGGGGAGCAGCGGUUGAGGCCCCUCCACAGGCCGGGCCAAUGGGGGAGGUGCCUCUGGAUUCAGUCGAGGAGGAGGGUGGCGCCCAGGAGUCGCUUAUGGCUAUGUCCACGGAGAGCAGAGGCUCGCGUUUGCAUGAGCUGGCGGCAACCAUGGGGACAGGUACACCGCAGGAGAGGCGUCAGAGGCUUGACACUCCAGACUACGCCCCAAGGCUGGGAGAGUUGAGGACGGAGUUGGGCUCCUAGGCCACAGGGACGAACUCAGGAGGACCUGACUCAGGGCGUCAGCAGCAACAGGAGGUCAUGAGUGAG